AGUAACUGCUACGGCUUUAGUGUGUAUUUCUGCUUCUGAGUAGAGGCUGUUAACCAGUUAGCAGGUCACACGCUAACCUAUUAGCAACAUAUUAUUAAAACGGAUGCUGUAGAUUUCAGGGCAGUUUUACAAAGGUCUGGUGGAGAUAUGAACCUUCCUAAGAUCCAAAUUUUGCUGGCAUGGAUUCUCAGUGUGUUUGCCGGUUCGGUAUUCUGCUCAGAAGAUGAGACUCGUCUGGUGAAAACCCUGUUUACUGGUUACAACAAGGUGGUCCGUCCCGUGAACCACUUCAGUGAAGCCGUAGUAGUCACAGUGGGACUGCAGCUAAUUCAGCUUAUUAGUGUGGAUGAAGUUAACCAGAUUGUGACCAGUAAUGUCCGUCUCAAACAGCAAUGGUUAGAUGUGAAUCUGAAUUGGAAUCCAGAUGACUACGGAGGCAUCAGAAAGAUCAGAGUCCCUUCAACCGACAUAUGGAAACCUGACCUGGUGCUAUACAACAAUGCUGACGGUGACUUUGCCAUCAUCCAUGAAACUAAAGUCCUGCUGGAGUACACUGGGAUGAUAACAUGGAACCCUCCAGCCAUCUUUAAGAGUUACUGUGAGAUUAUUGUCCUCCAUUUCCCCUUCGACCUGCAGAACUGUAGCAUGAAACUGGGAACCUGGACAUAUGAUGGGCUGCUGGUCGCCAUCCACCCAGACAAUGAUCGGCCAGACCUCAGUAACUUCAUGGAGUCAGGAGAGUGGGUGUUAAAGGACUACAGGAGUUGGAAACAUUGGGUUUACUACACCUGCUGUCCCGACACACCAUACCUGGACAUCACCUACCAUUUUCUGAUGCUGCGACUGCCUCUUUAUUUCAUUGUCAACGUCAUCAUUCCCUGUAUGCUGUUUUCUUUUCUCACCGGACUGGUCUUCUACCUGCCUACUGACUCUGGUGAAAAGAUGACUCUCUCCAUCUCUGUCCUGCUGUCUCUGACUGUCUUUCUGCUGGUUAUUGUGGAGCUGAUCCCCUCCACCUCCAGUGCUGUUCCUCUCAUAGGGAAAUACAUGCUCUUCACAAUGGUGUUUGUCAUCGCCUCCAUCAUCAUCACCGUCAUCGUCAUUAACACGCAUCACCGCUCUCCCAGCACACACACCAUGCCAGCGUGGAUCCGCAAGGUCUUCAUUGAAACCAUUCCCAACAUGAUGUUCUUCUCAACAAUGAAGCGCCCCAGUCAGGAGAUCCGACAGAAGAGACUGUUCCCUACUGACAUGGACAUCUCUGACAUCUCAGGUAAUCCCACCCCUACAAGCGUCACCUACCAGUCUCCCAUCGCUAAAAAUCCUGAUGUCCGCAGCGCCAUUGAAGGGGUGAAGUACAUCGCUGAGACCAUGAAAUCAGACGAGGAAUCUAACAAUGCAGCAGAGGAGUGGAAGUUCGUUGCCAUGGUUUUGGACCACAUCCUGCUCUGUGUGUUCAUGGCCGUGUGCAUCAUCGGGACGCUUGCCGUCUUUGCUGGGAGACUCAUCGAGCUCAACAUGCUGUAGGGGCCUGACCCAUGAAGGAGUAUGUGUGUUAUCAGAAUCAAUGUCAUACUUGGAGAUGCAUGAGAAAAGUUUCCAUCAAUGGACUGCUUCAGGUUGUUCUCUUUCUCCCUCUGUCUCUCAGACACAGACAGACACACUUUAAGUUGAUUUUUAAAUAUCAUAAAGUGCUGUCACUUGUGUCACUUUCAAAUGUGUGAGUUUGUGUAUUUACUGAAACUGAGGGCAAAUCCAGGCAUCACAUGAGUCAGGUGAUCUAGAUGGGUCAUACUUGAAUCUAUUCUUGUCACUAACAAUUUGUCUAUUUUUUUUAAAUGUUUUUCUACAGUGUGUUUUAUUGCUGCAUAAUUCUGGCAGUCUCUAUGAGUGUAAUUUAAAACUCGUAUGAAAAAGCCAUAACAGUAAUAAUUGAUUUGUUCUGUUUUCUUUUUUUUUGGCAGCUUGAGUUAAGAUCUGUGUUGGAGGAUUUUCUUAAAUAUUGAAAAAAAAAAACUUUAACAUGAUAAUGUUUGUUUUCAUGUCCACUAUGCUGAGGACUUAACUGAGAAUGGAUACAAUAUCAUUAGCAAAUACAUGUACUUUACUUUCUAUAGACAAUUUGAGCUAUUAGGAAAUUUGAAUCCCAUCUCCAUCCCAUUAUGGUGGGUCGGUUGAGGGCUUCAAUUUAAAAUUACUGUCUAAGGAGAAACCUGGAUGUUACAGGAAGUGGAAGAGGAUGUGUUCAGAUUGUUGAAAGCUGAACUAUUAAUUUAACAGUGCUUCGGUCCAAUUUUAUCUUUAGUUGUAGAGACGAGUCUGGCUGAUGACAUUGUCUUGGCCUUUGAGUGCAGGCAAGAUUAUUUCCUGCCUGGAAGUUUUAUUGUUUUAAUUUGCCUGACACUCGACUGACUUCCAAACGUCUCAUUUAUAUUUAUGGGUUAAAGUUGUGAAUUGUGGUAUGAAAUUCAGAUCACACGUGUUGAUUCAGAAAAAGAAAACUACUUCACAUAUUCAUGGGUUAGUGGCAACGUUUGCUUUGUCACUGAUGCAUGUAAAUUCCACUUAACUCUGUUGUACAUUUUGUUUAAGGUUCAUUAGUUAAGAAUUUUUCUUUUUUUUUGACAAAUGAUUUGAUAUUUAACCACAUUGAAGUGAUUGAAAAUCAGUUUUACUUAAUCUGCAUAUUUUUCAGUGAAUAUCUGUAAAGACUGAAGACAACAGACCUGAAUGCCUGUUGAAGGUUGAGUUACUGGUGAAUGUCGAGCCAACAAACUAAGUAAGAGAAACUCAGGCAGCCAUCUCAAAGCUGAUGUGCUGAUUAUUUAAAUAGCAGCAUAACUGAAUUGACCUUUCUCUGCUGUUAAUACUCAGUUUUGGUAAGUUUAAAAUUGGUCUCUUCUUGUGCAUGGAGAUCUUCAACCACUGACCAUACCAGAGAUCAAAAUAAUAAUUUGAAUAAAUUCUGUCAAAGAGUAGUUUCUUGUUUAAGGGUCAUGGAAUAAAAGCUGAUGAGUUGUUUUGUUCAGCUUUAAUUGUGCCAUUGAAAAUACAACAAAUUGUGACGUAGCAAAGGAAGGUUGUUUAGCAAGUAAUGAAAGUGAAAAAUUUCAUGAAAUUUAAACUUGUCUGUUACUGCUGCAGUGUUACUGCCUGUGUUUACAGCGACCAGCUGAAGGCAGCUUGAUUUAUUUUGCAGCUGUGGUUUUAUCCAUUUCAGUUUAAUUAUACAGUAAAGUUCUGUAAAGUCAUAUUGCACUGACCAUUUGUUGUGGUUUUUUAUAUUUGUAGUUGUGUAGAUGUGGAAAAGAGUGAAAAAUAAAAGUCAUUAUUCACUUAG